AUGGCUAAUUCGCCCUUCACACAAGACCCAUUCUGUAGUCUGCUAGAGGCAGGGAGGUCCAAGAACGACAGCUCUCUUGGAUGGGUGCCUGAAUCGAACUACAGAAGCACUAACGACAUUAUCUGGACCUGUGUUCUCGUCAUCUUCACCUGCGUUUGGACUACGAUGCACAUCAACGUACCCAGCGCCCAGGAAACGUGGAAGCACAUCAUCCGACGCAAGCCCAGGUGGGCCAUCUUCAAUGUCUAUGCCCCCGAGGCGGUCACUUUAUUAGCAGCAUGUCAGUGGCAGUCGGCACGGCGGUCUCGGAACAGCAUGCGCAAAAUGGGCGUGUCCCACUGGAAAACAGUGCAUGGCUUCUUUGCCGACAGUGGCGGCUAUGCCCUUGCCUCUCCAGAUGCACCCGUGUUUCCUGUCAACUCGCGUGCCAUCCAGUAUCUCGUUUCGAAAGGGUACAUCGCAGCCCCAUCAACAACCGAAGCUGAGAUCUGGGAUAAGAGCAAGUCAGAUCACUUUGCCAAGACUUUUGCCACCAUCCAGGUGUUAUAUCUCGUCAGCCAGGUCAUCAUACGAACAGUCCAAGGUUUUGAAUCCUCAUGCUUCGAGAUCUUGACGCUAGCAUUCUGCCUUUGCGCCUUAGCAACAAACUUGUUCUGGCUUGACAAGCCCAAGGAUGUAACAGUGCCUAUCAUUCUCGAAAUGGAAACACCAAUGGCUCAAAUUGUUGAAGAAGCUGGGUCGGAAGCUUGGGGGCAGUGGAUGGAUACUCCAAUGGAUUUUUUCGAGCAGCCCGGCUGGACCGUUUGGAAUCGACGGGAUGCCUUCCGCACCUUCGGUGGACUCGAUGAGCGGCCCCUUCAACGCAUCCCCAACGACUACAUCACCCCCCCUGCCACUUUAGGUAUGGCUAUCGUCACCUGGGUCAUUACUGUCCUUCACCCAGCUAUUCACAUGAUGAAAUGGAACUACGAGUUUCCCACGUUAUUGGAGCAAUACGUAUGGCGACUCUCCAGCACCGCUCUGCUCGCUAUCUUGUUUUUUUGGGGCUUAGUUGAGGUCAUGUCCGUCAAACCCGGCUUUGACUUUACUUUGACACUCCUAGGUAUUUGGGUCAGCAGGACGAAGCGUGAAGGCUCUUGGUGGCGCCAACACGCAUUGGAUCUUCCCGGGUCUCUGAGUGCCAUACUAUACUUCCUUGCGCGGACGGCCUUGAUAGUAGGGACGGUUUCAAGUCUGCGACAGAUGCCUUUUUCGGUUUACCAGGAAGUGGGAGUAAGUCAGUAUAUACCGCAUUUUGGUUGA